GAGCGGGAAGGGCGACGGGAUCUGCUUCUUGGCUCCGCCCCACUCCGCACCCCCUGGCCCUGGCCCUGAGCAACAGCAGCCCCUAAUUGUUACACUCGGCGACGGCGAUUGUGAAGUCAGCUCAUUGCACCCGCAUCCCAGCUGAACUCAGGGCGGGCCUGCUGCCUCCCGUUUCUCUCUGCUUCCUGUCUGCUUGGUUGCCCUGCGGGGUGACCGCUGCGGUCCCAGACAAGCGAGAUGGCGUCGGAGCUGUUCUGGAAAGUGGGGGAUGGGGAGGAGGCCAUGAUGAAAAAGGAAACCCUCAACGUGUCGAAUCCAAUGUCGGAGCCCUUUCCGAACCCCAAGUCUAUGAACAGGACGGUGGCCACCAAAGGAUUCCCACUUUCCUCAAGGGGCAGUUUGUUUAACUUCACGGAGGAAGACAUCAGCAAUCUACCGAGGCCGAUGCCGGAGGAGGAGUCCGAGUGCAGCUCCGACGACAGCAGCACCUCCCCCGUCUCGUCCCCCCUGCUGAACCCCAUCAAACUGGCCGUGACCCAGCCCAACAGCAGCUUCUUUGCGGGGCUGCUGGAGGGCGAGCUGAACAAGCUCAGCCCCUCCCCAGCGGCCAAGGCUGACAAGGAGGACCUGGCCCUGUGCCUCCACCAGCCGAAGUCCCAAACAGCCCCCGGGGGCCUGCUGGACCUCGACAACCCCGCGGUGGACAUGGACACCACCUCCACGUCCUCGAAGUCCUCCGUGGUCACGGACGUGCCCGAGGCGCCCUUCAUCUGCGAACACACGGUCAGCGACUACACGGCCGUGAUCUCCUGGACCUACGCCCUGAGCAAGCAGCCGGUCAGUUUCUACCAGGUCCUGCUGCAGGAGGUCGUCAGGAACGACAGCAACCUGAAGACAAAGAGCCGCCCGUGGAUCUUCCACAAGAUCCUGGGCACCACCGUCAAGCUGAUGGAGCUGAAGCCAAACACCACCUACUGCCUCAUCGUCCGGGCCGCCAACACGGCCGGGGUGGGGAAGUGGUGCGAGCCCUACAAGUUUGCAACCGUCGCCAAUGACCUCAGCAGCUUCCCCGAGAACAACCCCAUCCAGGUCACGGUACGGCGCAGGGAGCCCCAGCGCAAGACGGUGGCCAUCAGGCCGGAGGAGAUGCGGAGGCUGGAAGAUCUGGAAUACCUGCUUCCUUACUGAGGGGGGUGGGGUCCCACACCCUGCCGGCCAGGUCAGCCACGCACGGCCCACAGCUGCUGGGCACCCCCUCCCCAGAUCUGGGCUGGGUCCAAGUCCCUCAUUAAAGAACUGCAGGCCACUCGGCACCCCUACAUUCCGCUUCAUGCUGCGCACAGCCUCAGCUGGGCUGCCGGCGCCUACCUUCCUGGCUCCUGCCAGAACCCAGAGUCUGGGUGGGUGGGGAGGACGGAAGGG